CUAUAUAGUGGAUUCCAGUUACCUAGCGGGCCACUAAAACCAAUAUGACGACCCUUGUAAGAUUGGCUGUUCUCUGUGUGGCUGUUGGAAUAUGUGCUGGGGCAUUAGUUCCAUUGGACGACUUUAGUACCACUUCUUUAGACAAACUCGUCAGGAAGAAGUUGAUGUUUAUGAUUGUUAACCAAUUGAACGAGACUGUUGAGAUACAAGAUUCACUUAAACACCAGUGUGAGGUGAAAAUUAACUCGUCGAUAGAUCAAUGCAACGCGUGCGCAAAGAGCCAAAACACAGCACCACCAACUGGUGUACUAGGAGCGGUCCUCCCGACUCUGAUGAAGCCUGUUGUUCUGGCGGCGGGCGUUGUGAAGGACAUCGAAGGAAGUCUUGAGAGUGCAGUAAGUGUACUCGGCGACAAGACAACUGACUUUGUCAAAGACGUUGGCAGUGUCGCUAAACACGCUGGCGACUCUCUCAUCGACGGAGUGUCCGAUAUUACAAACGACGCCCUCCAUGGCUUAACCCACUUUGGGGACGAACUGGCUGGUCUGGCCGGAGACCUCGGUCAUGGACUGGAGUCUGCUGUCCAUGGUCUUGAGUCAGGCACACUUGAUUUCGGUAACGCCAUCGCUGGUGGUCUCGACAACAUUGGGGAACAGCUUGCUCACAGCGCCCAGGGUGCUCUCGAUGGAGUCAACCAUCUCGGACACCAGAUUGAGCACGCCGGAAGUAGCGUCGGCCACGCCAUUUCCAAUAUAGGACACGCUAUCGGAGGUAUAUUCGGUAAGCGAAGUGCCUGUCCUAUCUGUGACACACUCAACACCAAGGCUCGUACUCCAGACGACAUUUUGAACGAUGUUUGUGGUGCCAAUGAGAUCCACAGACAGCGAGCAGCUACGGCGUUGUUGACCAAAAUGAAGGCAAUUUACGACACAGCGGUCAGCAAACCCAUUGUCACAAAGGUUGAAUAUGACCCCACCUCCAUUGACGUAACCAGCGGAGUCGCCUUUAAAACUGUGUACGUGACAUAUACCAUCACCAGUACAUCCACGCGCUACCAGAGUCGCGUGCCCCUCCGUAUCACCGCCCUCCCUGUCACUGGGGAAGCUUUGGGAGUGGAAAUUUUCGGCAAAUAGAUAAGUUCUAACAUGAUCUUUCAGCGAAUAAAAGCCGAAUACGACAUUUAUUUUAAUUUUAUUUUCCAUCUAACAUAUUUUGAUUUGUAAAACAGUUUCCUAUGUGAAAUGAAAAAUGGCAUGUUGAAUUUUUUAUGAAGAUAUUUGAUAUAGGAUUAUCUGUUACUCAAUGGUAUUCCAAAUUCUAUAUCUAUGUAUUGGAUAUGCAUAUAUAUUAUAUGCAUAAAUCAACUUUAAUCAUCUUUUCUUCUUUGAUCACUUGCCAUCAUGUUUUCCAGUUACAUCUAUUAGAGCGACAUGUGUCUGAUAUGUAAUAUUUUGUACUUAACUUACGGAUUAAAAUAUGAUGAAUCCAGA